AUGCCUACAUUCCAAGAGAACGUCAAAGGCUGGUACUCUCGACUUUUCGACCACCAGCCAGUUCAAUACGCCACCAUGUACAUGCCUAGCGGCAACUCAUCGUCGCGCGACUCACUUGACGCAGCGAGUGAUGAUGUUGGCAAAGGACUGAUUGAAAAGGACAGAUACUCUCACUUGCCGCUGUCAGCUCACCAUGAGCCGUGGUGGAAGCGAACGACUGUUCUUGUCAUCAGCCAUAUGGUUCUACUCACUGUGUAUGCUGCAGUUUUGUUUGUUGUAGUCAAUAGCAGGACGAAAAGUGCAAGAAUGGAGGGAAUGCCAGUUUCACCUGCAAUUUCUGCACUCAAAUGGGAGAAGCACAAAUUUUCGCUUGAGGAUCGCAUACAAGAAAAAGGCUCCUAUUCAGGCAAGCCCAAUGCCGAGCUGGAUAAAGCCUGGCACGAUCUUCUCAACUACGAAAACAUCAUCAUUGAGCCAGAAAUUAUGGCGCACUACGACAGACUAGAUGUUGGUGUCGCUGUUCCUGAAGGUGGUGGCUACCUUGGGACGCUCAAUGUCUACCAUGAGCUGCACUGCCUCAAACGACUACAUCAAUACAUGUAUCCCGACUAUUACUUUGGCGACUUGACCAAGGAGCAGCAUGAAAUGAACCGACUCCACAAUGAACACUGCAUCGACUUCCUUCGCCAAUCCUCCAUGUGCCAUGGCGACAUCGGUUUGAUUACAUUUGAGUGGCACAAUGACAGUCGGAUUCCUGUUGCCAACGCCACUAUGCACCAGUGUGUCAACUGGCAGGUACUGGAUGACUGGACGCGCGCCCGCUCUGUCGACAUGAUGAAGCCGGGUUGGCUCGUACAUCCACUUUUUGGUCUUGCGUAUCCCGAUGGCGAAGGAGACAAAAUCGGCGCAGUUGAUCCUCAUGGACAUCUAGCGCAAAGUCACGGCCAUAGCAAAUAA